AUGGCUAAGGUCCUUGAUUUACCGGCUAUUCCACCCUUUUCUGUGUCUGAAACGAAUUCGUUGGCACAACGUUGGGACAAAUGGACGAACUCGCUCGAUUACUACAUUCGUGCUUCGGGCAUCUCCGAUCAAAAGCAAAGGCGGGCCAUUCUACUUCAUUUAGCGGGUGCAGAAGUACAAGAAAUCUUCGAGACGUUGCCUGAUACUGGCGAGGAUUACAAAACAGCGCUCGAGAAAUUGAAUGCACAUUUCAACCCGUGUAAAAACAUAGCUUUCGAACGUCAUGUUUUCAGACAAGCAACCCAACGUGCCGACGAGUCCAUGGAUGCUUUUGUAACUCGCUUGAGAACUCUUGCAUAA